AUGGGGACUUGCGGCAGGGAUAUCGGAAUCGGACUUAGAAUUCAGGUGGACGGACAAAAGAAACCUGCAGUAAAGCCCCUCCCAUUUCGUCAACCAGUGUUGGAUCCCACAGGCCAAAAGAGCCAAUAUCUCACUAUCCAUUACAGCGCCCGUGUUGCCUCAUUUCAGGCCUGCUUCUUAUCAGUACAGACCUCCACGCCAUGGAUUCUGCGACGACUGAUCACACUAGGCCAGGCCUACGACCUCUGCGACGGUCGGCUUUGGCUUAUGAAGUGCUCUGGCGGUAAAGCGCCAUGUGAUCGUUGCCGGAAGGCCAACAGCUAUUGCGUAUUUGAACCGCCGCAGGCCGCACCACCAAACGGAAACAGUGUCUCUGUUCAGCCCGAGAUCCAACCGUUGAUUGUCUGCGCUACCGCACCAAUUGAAGGGUCCAGUGGAUUACUAGAGACAAGGCCAACUGCCAAUUACUCAACUGCUUGCUCACAGCAUGCAUCGAUAGCUGACGCUGAUUUUGAUUUCCACGUACCUGUAUCCUUGCCUUCGUUCCAUUACUCUGGCAAUGAACUUGCUACAUCCCAGCCAAAGGGCGGUGCCGAUUUCUCUCGUCGCAAAAGAAGACGGAUUUCGGACUGGCUCGAUGUGGACAACCUUGACGAUACGGACUCUGACACUGUGGCCGGCGACAAAGAUCAAGAUAUCUCGCAAGCAUCCUCGCCUUAUCAGACAGUCAAGGAGUUUGAAGCUGCCUACUGGCGGGUGAACAGUCUGGAGGGUACCACCCCGCGAACGCCCACAAGCAUAGAGCUUAGAAACCCUUUCCCGCCUGAAGCCAUGUUUCCCUCUUCGAUGACUGACAGAGGGCCCUUGCUUUACUGUCUAGGAGAGGUUGGUAUAUGCGAGGCCGAUGCUAAAGAUAUGUUGAUACGCUUUGGCGAGAGAGUUGCGUCUUUCAUGCCCGGAUUAUAUGAUACCCAGUUCUUGGAUCUUCCGAAUGAUCCGCUCUACGCCCUAGCAGCCAUCAAGGUAAUGACACGGUACCUUCCCGGCGUGGACGCAUUGAGAGCCAGGGUGGACGUGGUGCUGCAAAACUUACUCCGUAACAUCCUCUUUGAUGACCUUCAAAGACCAUUUGCAGCUGUACUCGAGUCGAUGCGUGGUCUUUCCAUUCUCUAUGGCUACUCUGAGGUUACGGUAGCGCGAUCACAGAGCGACACAAGACAGUGCAGGGCAGAUGCCCUGUCGAUCAAGGGUGUAAUUGAGGGCUACGCAAUCAGGAGAAACAUCGGUAGGCCAAUACCAUCAAACGCGCUAGGCUGUGUUUUAUGGCUCUGGCUUUACACCAUGAGCACCCAGUGA